AUGCCACUCGCAAACGACUACAUACUGACCUUGUCAUGCCCCGACAAAUCAGUAACCGGCCUCCUAGCACAAAACAACCUCAACAUCGUAGACCUACAACAAUUCUCCGACCCAUCUUCCCAAAAGUUCUUCAUGAGAAUCCAUUUCGGCCCAGCAGACUCAACACAGCAACUCACAGACUCCUUCGCAACUCUCCAAAAAGACCUACAAUGCGGCCACUGGAACCUCAGACCAGUGGCUCAGAAACCCAGAGUUCUGAUCAUGGUCAGCAAGAUCGGGCAUUGUCUAAACGACCUCCUCUUCCGUGUAAAGACUGGCCAAUUACAGAUCGAAGUUCCAGUGAUAGUAUCCAACCACUCAGACUUCAAAGACCUCGCAGCAAGCUAUAACAUCCCCUUUCACCAUCUUCCCAUCACCAAAGACACGAAAUCACAACAAGAAGCACAGAUCUUAGAGCUGAUCAAGACCGAGAAAAUCGACCUCGUGGUUCUAGCGCGAUACAUGCAAGUCCUCUCCUCGACGUUAUGCACCGCCAUGUCUGGCAAAAUAAUCAAUAUCCACCACUCGUUCUUGCCGUCUUUCAAAGGUGCGAAGCCUUACCAUCAAGCUCAUGAAAGAGGCGUGAAGAUCAUUGGUGCCACGGCUCAUUUUGUUACCGCGGAUCUGGAUGAAGGGCCAAUUAUUGAGCAGAGGGUUGCAAGGGUAGAUCAUGGUAUGGGUCCGAAGGAGUUGGUGGAGGAAGGGAGUAAUGUGGAGAGUCAGGUGUUGGCCGCAGCUGUGAAGUGGUGGAGUGAGGAGAGGGUGUUGUUGAAUGAGGUUAAGACUGUGGUGUUUAAUUAG